GCAGCGAAGUCUUCUGUCAAAAGUUUGUUUACAGCGUCGUCCUGUACUGAGUUUUGCAACGGUGGUGAGUGGAAAAAUUCUCGAUGGAUCAGUUCGAGGGAAUAGGUGGAAUGGCAUCGUCAGACGUAUUGCAUUUGCGCAAUAUGGCAUCAACAGCAGAUUUGCGAGAAACCUUGAGUAAAAUCAAAACUUUGGAUAAGGAAAAUGUUGAGCAUUUAAUUUCGAGUAUACAACAGAUAGUUAUGGGAGCACGCACAACUAGCGAAGAUGCUAUCGCCAACUCUGACAUGCUGUUUCGGACAUAUUACAAAGCGCUGGACACAAUCGGGGGAACUGAUGAUGUAGCCCUGCCUAGUUUUGAUUCUUAUCCAGCUGAAACGAAAGCGGAUAUUUUCUAUGGAGUGCUGCUCGCAGACUAUCACAAAAAAGUGGCGUCUAAGCAAUUAGAACAGUUAUGCCAACAAAUAGUGGAUUCGCUCGGAAAUUCGUCCGCACCAAUUUUGCUCACUUCUGUGAGGAGCGUGAAUCUUUUCUAUAACCGAUACCCCAACGCCAAACUGGAAUUCACCCUGACGAAGUUCUACUCGUGUCUCCAGUCGCAGUCGCCAGCCGUACGCGACGAAUGCAUUAUUUUCUUCAGGAAUUGGCUUAAAAACGGAAGCGAAACUGAGGACAUAUUCUUGACCAUUGCGAAGCACUGGCCCUGGACCAACAAGUACAAAUACAUCCUUUUGUCGGUCAUUCUUACUGACAACAAACUCGUAACUCUGCUCCCCACAGAGCAAGAGGUGUGUGAAUUUCUUCAAGGGUCCCGGCUUUCCCUGAAACACAAGAAUCUGUUUUCAGUCGGACAAUUAGUGGUCAAAGCUCUGAGUAAGCAGAACUGCAACGAGUUCAAUGAACUUCUCAUCGGCAUUUUAAAAACUGGUUCUCAUGCUGAACUAAUUUCUUUAAACUCCCAAUGGAUGCAUUACGUGCUUAACAAAGACGAUUUGUUUACGCAAAUUGGUUUAGACCAGGAGCUUGAAAACAUUCUGAAGUUAGACUACGUAGAUGGCGAUCACACGCGUCUAGUUCUGCUUUGCACAAUAUUCGAGCGGCAGUUCUACAAACACCCGCAGGUUGACGGUAUCUGCGAAUACUUGCAAGACAAUUAUGCGAAAUUCAAUCUCGACGCGCAGCUCUACGUAUACAAGUUUAUUGUAGGCCUUUUGAUAGCAACCAAUAGGAAUGUGCAUGAACGGCUACAAUUUAUCAUUGUCUUUAUUGAGAAGCACGUAUUCGUGCCGUGUUCAGACUUCAGAAACACAGUUCUCGGGAAACUCCCUCUGGUUCUCGAUUUUCUAUCCAAAAAAAUCAAAACUUUAGACCAGGCCAUAGUAAUCGAUUUUUUUACUCACUUGAAAAGGAUUUUCCAUACCGGCAUUACUCACAGCGAGUAUCAACCGUUGAUUUUCAACUUGAAAAUGUUCGAAAUUCUUUUGAAAUGUUUCGAGUCGACGACACAUAAAAGUCUUAUGAAAAACUCAAGUGUAAACUUGCAUAAAACACUUGCGAGAGUGUUAACUGAAGGAAAUGUGUGGACAUUCCAGGAUGAAUAUGAAACCAUAUUUGCCUUGCUUUCAUCUGCUGGGGAUUUCGAUGAUGUCCGUGAAUUGAUUGUGAGAAUCUUAAAGCAGUUGGUACUGGCCAAUCGCGAUGAAGAGUUCAAGCUGUGGAAAAAAUUUGUGGGAGAUCCUGAAAUUGAUAAAUGCGCCUUAAGCGCUUACUACGCCAGGUUGUACAUACAUCGCAGCUGCUCGAAUAGAGAGGCUGGUGAACAGUUUCUUGAAUUUUCACUUGACCGGAUAAAAUCGAAUAUUGCCGAGCUAGAAGCGGAUCCUUUGAACGCCUGUAAAACAGGUCUUCAUAUUUUCGGUUAUUUUCAAGCGUUGAAUGAGCUAUUCAAGAAUCAAACUUCGGCAGGACACAUUACCAGUGCUUUGCUAAAAAUCGCUGUAGGUUCCGCUGAGAGCGCAGUGAAUUUUGUGUUGAGGCGGCUAAAUCUGGCUGGAAAUGAGGAAGGAAAUGCCAGCUUUCAAACCAUGGAGGAAAGUUUGGAGAUGUUGGUGUCGGACUCGCAGUGGCCUUCGGAAGUACACUCAACUGAUCGCAAGUUUUUAUUGUUGUCUUUUUGGUUAACUCUGAAGGCAUGCUGCGAGUUAGCAACAUCUAUUGGUUUAUUGCUCACUGACAAUUCGGAAGAAAACGAUGAAGCCAGAGAACUUUUGAAAAAAUGCUUGCAUAUCCAGGCGACAAUUUUACAUGGAUGCCGUCAUAAAGGAGCGAUAGAAGCAGCAGGAGUUUCACUAGGACUUUUGGUAAAAGGGAUGUCACGAUCGCACGCUUCACAUACGCAGACAUAUAAAAUCCUCUACGACUGUUUUGAUGUUUUGUUUGGUAGUGUCAACAAAACAAGUACAACCAGGCGCGGUGCCGGUCUAUCUAUCAUGUUUCAUCAUUUUAUUAAAAAUGAUGCCCAUAAAAGUCGGCCACUUUUUCAAUAUGCCAUCAAAAUUCUUCUGGAACAUGUGAAAAAGUCCAGAAGUCCCGCUCAUCUUGUGAACGCCACGAAUGAUUGCCAUGAUAAUUUUGAUGCUUUGGUUUUGCAUUAUUUGUGUGUUUUAGUUCGGGAUUCUGAUCUCAAGGAUAGUAUAUCGGAGUAUUAUGACGAGAUUAUGAUGGCUUCAAUUGUUCGUAUAAACGACAAAGAAUGGAGCGUAAGAAAUGGCGCAUUGCAAUUGUUCGGUGCAUUGGUCCCAAAAAUUGUCGGUCAAAAACAAGCAGUCACUGGAGAUGAGGAACCUCCAUCGUGGGACCCAUCAGAAAUUACGUUUACUGAGUUCUGCAUAAAACUCCCAAAAACAAAUGCGUACAUUUUAGCAUAUUGUAAAGAGUCUAGAGUUGCUCGGAAGUCGACUUCUUCAAUCAUACUCUUUCUAGAAUUUUUAUCGAAUAUUGAUUUUAUAAAAAAGGAAGAACGGGACAAUUACUUUGGUCUAUUGCUUGAAUAUAGGGAAAUACUUUGGUGUUUUUUGUCACACUAUUGUGAAAAAGUGAGAAAACUAUCAUCGAAAUGCUUAGCAAGAUUUCAUGACUUUCAUAACGAAUUGCCUGAUUUAGUACUGAGUGCAAUAAAAGUAAUUUUUGCAGUUACAGAUGAGAAUUUUGUACAUGGUUUAAUCUUCUUCUUUAUCCAUGCUAUUCAUAAGCUCAACUUGGAAACGCAAUUUAUUCUAAGUUAUCAAUAUAAUGAUUUCCCUAAACUAUUUCGAGAGGAGCUCGAACGCCAACAACAGCUGAAAAUAUUUAGUCCUUAUGUGAAAACAUAUUUGCUAGUGCUAUUCGAAAUGGUCAAAUUUGAUUUAAGUGAAGAUUGUGUGCGAGAAAUGCUUGCCAUUAGCUUUCGUUACAUACACAAAGCCUCAAGUACAAACUUUGGGUUACCAGUUUUGAAAGAAAAAAUGGAUAAAAUAAAGAAAUGUUCCAAGGUAGAAUAAGCAUAGUAAUUAGGUUAAAAGAGUCUAGUCAUACUUUUUAAGACAAAUACUUUUUAAAAAUAGAUUUUACUUGGCCAAAUUUUUACGGAGAGUGUUUCAAUAUUAUUCUAGUUGCAAAAGCAGAGUAGAGUGAUCACGGAAGGCUUGAAGGCAUGACAAAAAAAAAAAAACAAAAUGCGAAUCCAGCAUGUAGAAUGAUAAAUCUGGUAUUUAAAAACAAACGAAAAUUACAUUAAAGUAGAAUAUAUCUGUUUUAAAGAACGGAAAUACGUAGUUGUCUUCAAGUGUCAAUAUUUUUCACUUUCAAAGGUCUUUUAUCAUUUAAAGCGAUCUUUUAGGCGCGAAGGAGAUAUAGAUAUAAAAAAGAAGAAUAUACAGCAUCAUUUCAGUACAAGAUUGUCCCUAUGUAAGGCAAACAGACUCUCGAUUUGAAAUAAAGGAGUAUCUCAGAAAGUACAAUCAAUUACAUAAAAGUAAUUAAAUUGAAAUUUUGAAAUUCUGAUAAGCAGUCUAAUUUCCUUUUACAGAACUUAGAUUUUAGGCUUUUAAACUUUUAAAUUCAAUGAGAAAUCUUUUUCUUGUAAGAGUUUUGUUAGUAAAGUAUAUAGCAUUGUGAGAAAAAAAAAAUCUUUUGUAUGAAUUUAAUUUCUGUUUGAAGAAAAUAAUUGGAUUUACGCUACCCAAUUUCUGAAUACAAUUUGCAAUGAUUAAAUUGGUUUUAAGGUUUUGUGUAAAAUAAAACCUUAUUAAAAUCGGUAACCGCAGUCAAUAGAGGACCUGGAGAUGAAGUAUCAACAAAUGAUCUUCACAACCGCCUGAAGAACGUUAUCAUUGA